CGCGCCGCUCGCCACCGCCGCGGCUCCCGCCGUCCUUGGUGGCCGCACCGGCAGCAGCAGCGCACCCUCGCGCGCCCUGGGCCGUCCGCCGCCGCCUGCGUGGAGCGCGCGCAACGACUCGCCGCAGCUGCAGCGCACGCUGCGCGACCUGCACUGCUUCCUCGAGGGCCUCCCGCUGCCCAUCCACCGCCUCGUGCCGCGCCUCAUCGCACGUGCUAUUGCGCGUGCGCUGCGAGCUCAGGGCCUCAUGGCGACCAACAUUGCCUUCGAUCUGGCGCUGCUCUUCUGGCGCCUGAUCAUCAACAUCUUCUUCCGCUCCAUCCAGCCACGCGGAGCAUGGCGCAUCCCUCAGCCCCAUGAGGGCCCGGUCAUCUUCGUGGCCGCGCCGCAUCACAACCAGUUCCUCGAUCCGCUGCUGCUGGCAUCCGAGGUGCGCCGCGGCUCCGGCCGCCGCGUGGCCUUCCUCAUCGCCGAGAAGUCGAUCAAGCGGCGCUUCAUCGGCGCGGCUGCUCGUCUGAUGCAGAGCAUUCCCGUGGCUCGCGCCGCCGACAUGGCCAAGCCAGGCAAGGGCACCAUCACAGUGCACCCGUCGGGCGAUGCGCUGCUGAUCAAGGGCGUCGGCACCAACUUCACCAAGGAGCUCAAGCCCAAGUGGCAGCUGCAGCUACCCAAGAGCACCGGCUUUGCUAUUGCCGAGGUCGUCGAGGUACUCGGCGACGACGAGGUGCGCAUCAAGAAGGAGUUCAAGGACGCCAAGGCCAUCGAGGCGCUCAAGUCGCGCACCAAGGUCAACGCCAAGGGGCGCGUUGAUGCCGAGAAGGGCAAGGAGCAGAACGGCUGCGCAUACAAGUGCCUGCCGUUCGUCGACCAGACGCACAUGUAUGCCUCGGUGUACGAGCGCCUCGCCGAGGGCGGCUCGCUCGGCAUCUUCCCGGAAGGCGGCUCGCACGACCGCACUGAUCUGCUGCCGCUCAAGGCGGGCGUCGUCAUUAUGGCGCUCGGCGCCAUGUCGGCUAACCCAGGCCUGCGCGUGCGCAUCGUGCCUGUCGGUCUCUCCUACUUCCACCCGCACAAGUUCCGCUCGCGUGCCGUCGUCGAGUUUGGCGCGCCGAUGGACGUGCCGCGCGAGCUCGUCGGCCUCUUUGAGAAGGGCGGCGACGGCAAGCGCAAGGCCGUCGGCGACAUGAUGGACCUGGUCUACGAUGGCCUGAAGAGUGUCACUGUGCGCGCGCCCGACUAUGAGACGCUCAUGUUCAUCCAGGCCGGACGCCGCCUCUACACGCCGCCAGGCCACCAUCCGAGUCUGAGCCAGGUGGUCGAGCUGAACCGGCGCAUGAUCGUGGGCUACCUGAAGUUCAAGGACGACCCGCGCAUCGUCAAGCUCAAGACUGAUGUGCUGAAGUACAACAAGCGCCUCACGUACGCCGGCCUGAAGGACCACCAAGUCGAGCGCGCCACACGCGCCGGCUGGCGCUCGCUGAGCCUGCUGUUCUACCGCAUCGGGCUGCUCGGCAUCUGGGGCGGCCUGGCGCUGCCCGGUGUCGUGCUGAACGCGCCGAUCAUCAUCCUCGCCAAGAUUAUCUCGGCGCGCAAGGCCAAGGAGGCGCUUGCGGCAUCGCAGGUGAAGCUGAUGGGCCGCGACGUGCUGGCGACGUGGAAGGUGCUCGUCAGUCUCGGCCUCACGCCCGUGCUGUACUGCUUCUACGCCGGCGUGGCGACGUACCUGGCACGCCGCGCCAACCUGGCCACGCGACACCAGCUCUUCAUGCCGCUCUACGUGCUCUCCAUCCUGCCGGGCAUGAGCUACUCGACGCUCAAGUUCUCAGAGGUCGGCAUCGACAUCUACAAGAGCCUGCCGCCGCUCUUCGUCAGCCUCAUGCCGGGCAACCACAAGGUCAUUGCCGAGCUGCAGCAGACGCGCGCCCGCAUCUCGUCGGAGCUGCACGCUCUCAUCGACGAGCUCGCUCCGCAGGUGUGGUCCGACUUCGAGUCGCGGCGUACGAUUCAGUCGCCUAUGGCUAGCGCACCGCCGGGUCAGAGCCCCGGCCGCGAGGGCGCUACGAUCUGGAAGGAGAAGCGCAACAAGGCCCUCGACGGACAGAGCCCGCUGGCACACCCGCUCGGCUGGAUCGACGAGCGCAUCUUCGGCUGGUCGGCCAAGCCGACGCGCCGCGGCUCGACGACCACGCGCGCCCUCACCGCUGCCGAGUUCAGUGGCGAGAAGCCUGCGGGCCGCAAGCGCGUGGCAGGCGAGGCAGGCAGCUCUGUCGAGUCUCCCGAAGGCGAGAUCGAGGAGGACGACGAGUCGGAGUACAGCAGCGCGGCUGAGGAGGAAGAAGAGGGCGACUACGAGGCCAUCUUCCGCAUGCUCAACCCCGCACGUCUCUUCUCGGGCGACGACCCGAAGAGCCCUGGCAGCCCCGGCGCCGGACGGCACAGCCGCAACCGUAGCGGCAGCGAGACGUUCGAGGCGAAGCGCAACCGCUCGUUCACCGACCUCAAGGCCAUGGCGCCGAUGAUGACGCCGGCCGUGUCGACGUCGCCGCGCGUCCGCACCUCUGCGCUGCCAGACGCGAACAGCGCCUCGACGCAGCAGCGCCGCGCGCGCACGCACAGCCUCAGCGAGGAGGUGAGCGCCAACGAGAUGCGCGAUGCCGAGGUGGUGCGCACGCAGGCGCCCUUCGCGGCCGUCGCGCACGCCCUCGAGACGCAGGCCGCCGGCGCCAACGAGCCGAAGCGUCCUGCCGUCGCCGACAUGCAGGCCGCCGCGCCGACGCCCCCCAAGGCCAACAGCGCCGACCACAGCUCGGGCGCCGCCUCGCCGCAAUAGCGGUCGAAUGCGCCUCGUACCAUCCGCUCCCGCUUCAUCCCCGCGCGCGUCUCUUGCGCUCUGUCUCGCAGGGAAGCCGUCCUGGGCACCGCCGCGCACUCCACGCGCUCAGUGCCAUCGCACGCCCCGUCACCGUUUGUGAUCCGGAAAUUUGAUGACCUUGGAGACGAG